CGUCUACAACCCCAUCGGACAACACCACAUUCGCUCCAAUCUGCUUUUGAACCAGGAUGGCAGCUAUCUUGGAAUGUUCGAAGACCCAAAGCAAACACUAGCACGCCACGCCCCUGAGUCCCUCGCGAGAGCCCCAGUGGCGGCAGCAUUGGAGGCAGUCCCAGCCAUCCUAAAAAUUUCCUUUGUGAAAUACGUCACUCUCCUUUUUGAGGGUUUUGGCAACGUCGCAUCUCAAGCUAUCGCAACACAUGCUCGGCAGAUGAUAGAGGUGGCCCAAGGCGUCCAGAUGACAAUUCGCCAUGUCGAUUUCCUUUGGCGAACGGCCAGCCUUGCCUCGUUUUUCCAUCUUAUCCUGGCAGCAUUAAUGUUCCUCGUCCGCAACAUCUACUUCCCUUCAAUUGGAGCACACUACUUGAAUAACCCGAUGGAUCGCCUUCGCCUUGCGAUCAAGGAGCCUGCACUUUAUCUUCAAUCCCAGUACGACUUCUCGUGGUGGUACUGGGCACGAGCUGUAUCGACGACGUUAACCUUCAACUUUUGUAUGGGAUACCUUUCGACACUCGGAGUGGGGGUCACGCUAUUCUUCCGCCAAAUACGCACCUCGCAUCCCGCCUACAGUGGCUGGACAUACCUCUCAGAGUACGCGCUCAUAGCAUUCGCGUCGUUCAUUCACUUGUGCAGCUUGCAAAGAUACCUGAUCAGUGUCUUGUAUCUGCUGGGCACAAUCACCGCUAGCGGGUACAUCAUGAUGCACGAUCAAGCGAAAAUCUAUUCGAUCCUCACCUUCACAGUCUGGUACUGGUUCUAUUCGGGUCUCGCCAUCCUGAACAAUAUUAUCAUUGCAGCUUCCGUUGCGGCUUUCGGGUUCUGGGGAUUUCUGCUGGUCCUUGCAUCAUUUGUACCGCAGUACUACCUCAUCAAGCUGGUAACUCACUAUCAGCUUGCCAUUGCGUGGGUUUUAUUGUGGCCAUUCAAGCCGCUGGUCUGGGCGGCGAAGCUUGCCUGGGUUCUGUUUCUCCACACCUACGUCCAUGUGCUGCAAAUAUGCGGCAUUAUCGUUCUAUGCGGACUGGUCUUGCUUGCUUUCCACUGGUUCCGGCAACAAGUACAGGAUCCAUACGACAUUGAAGGCUCGGUGCGAAAGCUUCGCAAAGCGGCGCACCUAGCCAGACUUACGCUGAAGGACGCAGAGCGGAAACACAUCGGCGAGUAUCCGCUCGGGGGCGGGAUUGAGGACCAGCCACAGGAGAAACCUGCCUCGGAGAAUGGCAGCGCUGCUCCGCCACAAGCAACAGCGUCGAGUGCUUCGCCAGAUGUUCCACCAGCUCCUAAACCGAUGAACAGCCAUGUCUUGAGGCAGCCUCGGCCUAAUUCGGACAUCAAUGAUUCUGUCAGAAACUUUUUCACGCAAUCCCAUAAAAACAUAGAUGAGUCCGUCGAACAGCUCUUCAACAAGGUCCAAGAUCCAUCGGCGUACUCGUCUUCACCGGCCGCCAGCCAGCCGCCCAGUCAAGUUUCCCCAGAGAUGGACCCCGAGGAGUUGUUCAGGCAGUUCUUCAGCGGCGAAAAUGGCUUCAGACAGACCAAUACUAAUAAAUCAGUGGCGGAACAGUUCUUGUUCAACAUGAAAUCUAGAGAUUUCAGCACUAAGGGACAGAAACCCUAUGUAUUUGGUCAAUCCAAGGUUGCAUCGAGCUUCACGAACUAGAUGAAGAGUAAACCGGCAGUACCCUCUACUAUGAAUCCACAUCAAACUCAGCCGGUUCA